AUGUCAGAUAAACGAGCAGGGUCAUUGACCGACAAUGGCAGUUCCAGCCAUGACUCCAAACAAGAAUUACCGGUGCCCAUUCACCCUGACGAUGCUAGAGACAAGGUGUUCACUGCUAUCAUGAAAGCGUUACUCAAACUGGGCAACAAGCCUAGUUCACCAAAAGAACUUGCCAACGUGAUUAUGAAGUACAAAUAUGCAACAUUGGGGGGUGCUACACCAUUUGCUACAGUCUCGUCUCGUAUUUCUCAGCAUUUCAAACGUGCGGCUGCUCACAAUCCACCACGACCACCUUUAUUGGCAAAGCACUAUGAUGAACGCCAUUCACGCAAAAUCAACUAUUCUCUUGCAACAGAGCCACCAUCAUCUGGUAACGACGCGCUAUUAUCUGAUACAUCUUUAUCCUCUGAGGAUGAAUCAGCAAUGACACCAGCAUCAUCACGGCCAUCCCAUCAUCAAUCUCCUGCAAGUUCUAUUACUACAGCUACAACAACAACAACGACAACUACACCACCCACCACGCGUUCCACUCGAAAUAGGACAAGGCGACAACGUCAAUUGGAAGAGGAGGAAGAGGAAGAACAACGACAACGCAACAACAAACGAAUGCGACAUCAUCAUUUCGAGCAUCAUCAUUAUCCUCAUCCAUCCAUGUUACCAUUAUCACCUGUAACUCCAAGCUCAUCAUCGUCAUCAUCCUCUUCGGGAAGUUUCUCGUCCUACUCACCAUCAUCCUCCGCCGCUGUUGUCGACAAACAAAAGAUGGAUUUGCCACAAACGAUCCCACCUGUAUCACCACCCACGUUGAUGGAUCUAUCGGAUGAAGAAAGUGAAGCAGAAUAUUCGGAUUAUCAUGAAGAAAUGCUUAAAGGAGAUGACAUGUUGGCUGAUGUGGAUACUUCAUCCAUGCGUCGUCCAUCACUGGUUAGCUCACGUCGUCCAAGCAUUGCUCAAGUUACGGUCUCCGACAACUAUAAUCCACGUAACAACUCAAUAUCAUCCUCAUCCUCUUCAUCGAGACGACCCUCUUUCAAUCACAAUGGUGGUGAUGAUCUAUGGGACGCUACAAAUUAUGAACACGAUUUCAGCUCGGUCUUUUUAUCCGAUGAUGCUACAGCGUCGCCUUUCAAUAUUGGUGCUCCCGAGUCGAUUUCUGUCGCUGAGCUUGAAGCAUACUUUAAUGGCAACAAUGGUAACAACAACAGCAACAGCAACAAUAACAACAACAACCAUUAUCAUCUACCAGCAUCAUCAUCAUCACCUUCAUCCUCUACUACUGGUUCAUCAAGGUCGACGUCUUCUCGAAAGAGCUUUUCAGCAUUGAUGGGAUCUAAAGAGACGUCGCUAUUACAACGAGCAUUGCUCGCUAGUACGGCAGCUGCUCGUGGCAUGGCUGAUACAGCUUCCACAACAUCAGCGACAAUGGAUCAACCUGAGGAGGAGUUUGAGGAACAACAACAACCUGCACGACCGCGGAGAAAAUCAUGGCCAGAGGAAGGUGCCACAUCUGGUGCAUCAUUAUUCAGUGACGAAGAUGAACAAGUAUACACCACACCACCUUCCAAUGUGGAUGAAAUGAAGGAUGAACCAUUACCUGCAAAGAAUGAGGAUGAUGAUGAACAACAACAACCUCGAUCCCAGCAGACGCGACGACAAUCAACUCAAUGGCCAACACCGAAAAAGGAUGAUUCAUACAACAUUCAGAAAAAGACACUUGGUGCAUUGGAAUGCUAUCAGCUUGAUUUGAUCAAGGAGGAUACCAAAGUGUUACGAUUCAUUGCUUCCACGGAUGGUGCAACUGAACACGUGGCGUUGCGUACACGACAUGCUGCUGAUCAUGCCAAGGAUCGAAAGAACAGUCAACACUUUUAUUUGGGUGAAGGGUAUGUCAACGCGACUCAAAUGCGAAAGGUGGCUCGAUCAACUCUUGGCAAAGGCCAUUUUGAUGCAGCAUCCGAAUCCAGUGAAGGAAAAGUCGUUGUAACACUCACAAAAGGACCUAUGGAUUGUCGAGGAACAUGGGUUCCACUGAGCCGAGCACGUGAAUUAUUGUCCGAAUUCAAGUUGGAUGAAUGCCAAGGUCUCGUAAAGCUGUUGAGUGAUGAUCCAUUGGAUGAACAAGAGAAUCAAGUACCACCCGUUACCAUGGCAACGGAUCCUCCCCCAGACAAUCAAGCUUUAUCUUGCACUACGGAUGAUGAUCCCAUUGAUGAUGAAGCAUUUGUCAAGUUUGAGGAUGAUGAUGAUAAAAGGAUCACCGAUUCGACCAACACUGUGACCAACAUUGAUUCAUUUGUUGCACCCAACAUCCCUGCAUUACCACUCAAAGCCGAUAUCAAGCCCGAACCCAAUGGCAGCAUUGAUCUUUUGAAGGCACUGAAUCUCCAAGAUGGCUCACCAGAACACCAAACAUCAUCGAUGCCUGAUAUGACAAAAUUGCUUACAACAUACUUGCAGUCUUUGAGCUCCACGAACAACUUGACGGUGGAAUUUAAAGCAGCAUUGUCACGAUUUCCAGCACUCGAGGCAUUAUUACGCAAAGAUACAACAUCAUUGGGUACCGAGAAUGAUCAUGUAAAUACAUCUACGACAACAACUACAACAACAGAGCACGUGGUGCAUACGACGACCCCCACCAAUCCCAGCAUGUACAUAACGGUUGUCGACAAUAUUGCAGUUUGUGUUGCGGUGCUGGCACCCACUGAGACUGUACCUGAAUGCCGUAUUAUGCGACGUUUGGACACCAAUUAUAUUAAUGGCACCAUUCUUUUGACCGCUGGCGGUAUCGAGACUGAAAGUGAACGAAGCAUGAUUCUCAGCUUUGAAAUGGAUCGACGUCGUGUUCCUAAGCAGAAAAGUGGACUAUAUGGAACGUGGAUUCCACUACGACGGGCACAAGAAUUGGCUGUCACUCACUCUAUCCAACAUCGUCUUGGCGUAUUCCUAAGUGACAAUAUUGAAAAGUUCUUUCCUUCACCGUUACCAAUCACCAUCACACGUCGAUCACCUUCCACAACAACAAAGGCCGACAAUCACUCCUCCCUUGCAUUACAAGCAUUACGCAACCCCAAUAAGCAUCAUCCUACUACUACGCCAUCACCAUCACCAUUGACCACAUCAGCUACUCAAAUCCAUCAGCUGCUGUUAUCACACAACUCAAGGCAAUUGGCUGAAUACGCGCAAAAGGCACCAUUACUUGGCACAUUUGAUGACUAUGAUGAUAAACGCAAAGUGUCUGUGAUUGAUAGUGCCUCGGUGGCAUCAAGAAUGGCGCUAGCAUCCAAAAGGAAAAAGAAGCAGCAACGUACGCGUAAACGACCAGAGGAUGAUGGAAGUGAUGUGGAUAUUGUCAACAGCGGAUCUGAAGCGGAUGAUGAUGACGAUGACGAUGAUGGUGGUGAGACUGAUACGGAUCAUGAUGUGGAAGAAGUGAGACGACGAAAGAAACGGAUGCGUGAUGCUGCCAUUGAAGCCAUGGAAAGCGGUAGUUCUAUGGAUUUGGAGGAAUUAUUACGGCGAGCCAGUAGUCCUAUUAUGGGUGGUAACCAUCGCAACAACAACCACAGCCACAACAUGGAUCCAAGAUUAAUAUCAGCAGCAGCAGCUCAUGAAAAGAUGCGAUCCAAGGUGACAAGUGCUCGUCGACGACCUCAAAUGCAAAGUGGUGGUGGUGGUGGUGGAAAGAUUGCGCCUUCCAAAAUGAAAAGAUCAGCUACUUGGAGUGGAAGCAUGAGCAGCCCGCCGCUACGUGUCGUUGUGCCAAACAAAAGGCCGCUGCAACCUACAAAGAAACAGAACGGGGUCACACGGCCUAGCAAAUUGCGCAAUAGCAGCAUCAGCAGUGACGAUGACAAUCGCGUUGUGGAACAUGCGCCAACAACGCCAACAACAUCUACAGCUGUUUCCUCUAACAAAAACAACAACAACAACAUGACAUCAACCACCCUUUCUACUACUACUACAACAACAACAACCAACGAAGCCACAUUGACAACCAUCAAGGAAGAUGAAGAAGACGAAGAUGAGGAGAUUGAUAUUGGUGGAAGUGAUCGUGAUGAUGACCUACGAUAA